GUUUCUGCCGAAUGGACGCGUUCAUGAGGCGUAUCUUGGUCUGCCUUUCACUUCCAGUUAUACACCAAGAUGCCCAUCGAGCUGGAAUUAUACGAAAUACUAGGGGUCUCUGCUACCGCCACUGACGCUGAGAUAAAAAAAGCUUAUAGGAAGAAGGCGAGGGAUAUUCAUCCGGACAAAAAUCCUAAUGACCCCAACGCGGCGGAAAAGUUCCAAGAAAUGGCUGCAGCAUACGAGAUUCUCGGUGAUGCAGACUCGAGGGCUAUCUACGACGAAAGCGGCAUGGCAGGUUUGAGUGGUGGUGGUCGCGGUGGUGGGCCUGGCAUGGACGACAUCUUUUCCCAAUUCUUCACUGCUGGUGGCCCUGGUGGGCCUUUUUUCACAUUUGAUUUCGGAGGAGCAAGUGGACCACGGCGUUCGAAAGGAAGAGACUCGAUUAUUUCGUAUGAGGUGACGCUGGAGGACCUAUAUAAUGGGAAAUCUGUGAAGCUCAAUAUGGAAAAAGAAGUCGUGUGUAGUGGUUGCAAAGGAUCUGGCGCUCGAGGAAGCGCGAAGCCCAAACAAUGUGCAACUUGUGAGGGGAAAGGAUGGAGUUUUGUGACCAAUCAAAUAGGACCCUCGCGUCUUGGAACUUCAAGAUCGCGAUGUUCAGAUUGUAACGGCGAAGGCGAGAAGCUACGGGAAAAGGACAGAUGCAAAAAAUGCAAGGGCGAAAAGACGGUCAAGGAAAAGAAUCGUCAAGAGAUUUUCGUUGAGAAAGGGAUGUCUGACCGUCAACGAAUCGUUCUUGCUGGUGCUGGGGACGAAGAGCCAGAAGUUCCUGCGGGCGACGUCGUCUUCGUAUUAAAAGCCAAAACACACGAAACAUUCGAGAGAUCUGGAAACGACCUGCUCACUCACGUCAAAAUCACAUUGAGCGAAGCUCUCCUGGGAUUUUCGAGGAUUCUCAUCACACAUCUCGAUGGCCGAGGUGUAAAAGUGACCAGUCCAGCUAACAAGGUGUUGGGAGCGAGCUCGACCAUUCGGAUAAACGGUGAAGGGAUGCCUGUGUACAAGCGCCCUGAUCAGAAAGGCGAUUUGUUCGUUAUUUUGGAGGUGGAGAUGCCCAGUCAAGAAUGGAUGGCACAGAUUGAUCGCAAGGUUCUUUUAGACUCUUUCUUUUUACUUUUUGCCUACUCUCUUAUUUACGUUUUGCAACACAAAAUGCAGGCCUUGGAAGCCCUUCUCCCACCCAAAAGAUCCGACGCGGAUGUUCAGCCGAAACCGGAGGUAGUUGAUGAAGCUUCCUUUGAGGAAAGCGACAUAAUGGAAGUGCGUGCCCAAUCCUUCGAGGCUAGCCACAACUUCUUUGAUCACGGUUUCUCACAUCAGUUUGGGGAGGACGACGACGAUGAUUGGGAGGAUGACGAUGAGGAUGACGACGACAAUUUUGGAGGAUUUGGAGGUGCAUAUGCAGGUGGUGCAAGGGAACCUGAUUGUCGAAAUCAAUGAGUCACUCUGUUCGGUGAUGUCCUGUAGGUUCUAUGCCAUGACCCACGAUCCACUCUCACACCCACUCAGUUAAAUCACGCCACUCAUUACAGUACUCGCUAUAGUAUCCUGAUACAAUGCAGAUAAUACUUAUA